AUGGAUAAACGAGAAGCCAAUGUAUCUGAUAUUAGCAUAGGAAGUAGAAAACGCAAAACAAAUGAGACAAGACGGCCGAUGCAAAAAAAGCUAACAUACAAAGAUGACGAUACGGAUUUGAUUAAUUUUAAAAAGGUUUGCGAUUAUAAAGGACCUACAUAUCGGUGUGAAAAUAUUGCAGUAAAUGAUGUACGUGAUUUACGAAGCAAAAUUUUUGACACUAAUAAUAAAGUGGAUCAGGAUACUAAAUUGUGCCAUUACAUGUUAGUAGUACCGAUUGAUAGAAAAAGUCCUCCAAAGGGGGCACAAUCCAGAAGUCGCAAUUUUUCGGUGCAUUAUUUUCUGUCCAAAAGAGUGUACAAGAAUAAAAUUUAG